AUGACGGCAGAAGCCACGACGGAGACAUUCUCGAAGCUUGCAACAACUUUCCGGAUGGAACCGCCUGCAAGUUUCAACUUCUCAGCACCGAACGAAUGGUCUACUUGGAAACGUCGGUUUCUCCGUUUCUACACAGUCUCUGGACUUGAUCGGCAAUCUGGGCAGCAGCAAGUCGACGCCUUGGUGUACAUUCUCGGGUCUCGGGCUGAAGACAUAUUCCAGACGUUCAACCUCGUGACGAGUGAAACCUCUGACUUCAAAGUGGUCCUCGACCAGUUCGACAAAUGCUUCAUUCUCCGUCGGAACAUAAUUUAUGAGCGGGCGAAGUUCAACACGAGAGUGCAAUGGGAAGCAGAAUCGGUCGACGAUUUCGCAACCUCCCUACACAGGUUAGCUGAAACAUGCGACUAUGGAACGCUCAAGGACGACUUGCUACGUGACCGUCUCGUGGUGGGCCUCAGCGACACACGCUUGUCUGAAAAACUCCAACUGGACUCUACACUGACGUUAGACAAGGCACUCACGACUGCGCGCCAGCACGAAGCUGUGAAGCAGCAACAAGCCGAACUUCGUCCCUUGGGGGACAACUGCGACGUUGCACGGGUUACGACUCGGCGGGCAGGCUCUAUUCAACUCCAUACAGGCACCAGGUCCGAACCCACAAAGAGUAAGAAGCGGCCCUCACCCACCCGUGGCCGGAAAGUGUGCCCUUGGUGCGGUUUGCAGCCUCAUCCCCGGUCCCAAUGCCGUGCAAAAGGGUGUACUUCUCAUAAGUGCAACAAAAGAGGACAUUUUGCCAAUGUUUGUCGUUCGACCUCCAGCAACAAAAGUGUGCAAGGUUUUCUUGGGACGUCAUCAGCAACGACUACGACGUCUGCACGUUCUAACUGGGACAUCACCAUUGCGGUAAAUGGUCAAGAAAUUCUAUUUCGUAUUGAUCCCGGAGCAGAUGAGACGGUUGUGUCAGAAGAUACGUUCCGGAAGCGGUUUCCCCAGCUGGUUCUUCAACCUCCUAAUCUGCAGCUGUCGGGUCCUGACGGUCGGUCUCUGAAGGUCAUCGGGAAGCUACCUAUGCAGCUUUCGUCAAACAAUGUACAGUCUCGGCAAGAAGACUUCGUAAUUAGACAUUUGAGACACAACUUACUGGGAAAACCCGCAAUUGAAGGACUCUGUCUCCUCGCUCGAAUAUACAACGUUAGACCGAAGUUACUGCAACCUCUAUCGGCGUACCCUCAACUAUUUCGAUGCCUUGGAACUAUUCGUGGCGACUACUGUCUCCGGCUGAGAUCAGACGCGACUCCAUUCGCUAUCACCUCUCCACGCAGAGUGCUACUACCGUUGUAUGCACAGACACGAACGGAAUUGCGUGAAAUGGAAAGACUGGGUGUCAUCACAGAGGUCCAAGAGCCAACGGACUGUUGCGCUCCUAUGAUAGUGGUACCGAAAAAGACCGCCGGAGUGCGCAUCUGCGUUGACCUCACGGAGCUCAAUCGUUUUGUCCUUCGCGAAUGGUACCCCAUUCCGUCUGUGGAACACACCCUUGGUAGACUGUCCGGUGCUCGCAUUUUGUCAAAGCUCGACGCAAAUUCUGGCUUUUGGCAGAUUCCCCUGAGUAAAGAGAGCCGCCUCCUCACCACCUUCAUUACUCCGUUUGGACGGUUCUGUUUCAAUCGUCUACCCUUUGGCGUCUCCUCUGCACCCGGACAUUUCCAACGACGUAUGAGGGAGAUCCUAGCAGGACUAGACGGUGUUAUGUGCCAUAUGGACGACGUACUUGUGUUCGGUCCUACGCCAGAAGAUCACGACUCGAGACUUCGUGCUGCACUGGAACGUCUCUCCGCUGCCGGUGUAACUCUCAACGCGCAGAAAUGCGUCUUUGCAGUGUCAACUAUUAACUUCCUGGGCCAUCGGAUCUCUGGAGACGGCAUACGGCCGGACGAGCACGUGCUGGAUGCCAUACAGCAACUUCCCGUCCCGUCAUCUAAGAAGGAUUUGCGACAAUUGCUUGGCAUGGCAACAUAUUUGGGCCGUUUUGUGCCUCAUCUGGCCGACCUUUUGCGUCCCCUCACAGAGAUGUUGAGCGACAAACGUGAGUUUACGUGGGGACCACCGCAAGAAGACGCUUUUCUGCGAUGGAAGCAGUUACUGUCAACACCUCCAGUCUUAGGGGUGUACGAUGUCAACAAGGAGACUACUGUUUCUGCAGAUGCCUCUGCUUACGGCCUUGGUGCCGUAUUUCAGAAAAACACUGACGGUUCUCGCACAGUAAUUGCGUACGCCUCAAGAACUCUUUCUGACCCAGAACGUCGGUACGCGCAAAUUGAAAAGGAAGGUCUCGCGCUGGUAUGGGCCUGUGAAAAAUUACAGGAUUAG